UUGUUUUAUGAUCAAAAACGUUCGUUUAUUUAAUCAAGGUUUGAUAUUUCCAUUAUUCAGAUUGCUAGAUUUUAUCAUUUAGAUGCAUCAAUCCGUGCAAAAUACUUGUUUCUAGGAGAAUGCGAAGGAGGCAUAGUGUGGUAGCGUAUAAGGAUUAAAAUAAAGAAAAUCUAUAAAUAGCAAUGCUAUUGCAGACUGGAUUUUAAGGAAAAGAAAGUUGUGGAAUCUUAUCAAAUAAAGAAGGAUAUUAUUGCAUGGUAUAUUGGAUUGUAAAAACAUAACAAAUUAUGACCGACUGCUGUUUUGUAAUUGGAAUAUCGAUAACUUUCGUAGCUACAUUAUGUAGCAUUUUAGCGCUGUCUCUUGACUACUGGGAGGUGGGAGCUAUUGAAUCGGAAGGUGUAGGUCCGAUUCUUCUGAACUAUGUUCAUAUUCAAGCCGGCUUGUGGUACGAACAUCGUACAUUUCAUGAUUUCGCCAAAACGGAUGUUCCAUCUGGAUUAGGAAACACGACAAAAGUAUGGAGAGAAAUAGAUUUCAGUACAGAAACAGGGAUGAUGCUAUUUGCCACGCGCCUUCUGCUAUUUAUAGCAUUAUUUUCAUUGGUUGCUGCUUGUGUAUGUAGUACCCUUACAUACACCAAAUAUCAAAAUAUGAAAGGCCUUUUGAAUACGGCCUGGGCACUCUCCAUUGAGGCAGGUAUUCUUUUGCUGAUUUGUUUUGUGGUCUAUUUGACGGGCAUCAAAGAAAAUUCUACGGAGCUUCACGCUGCUUUUUACCUGGACAUCGUCGCCUGGCUCCUGGCUUGGUUGUCUGCAAUUUUCCUUUUCCUAUCGUCCAGAACAUUUUUGGCUCUAAUGACCGAAGACAGGGAUCAACCGUCAGAACUGAUUUAGUACAUUUACUUACUGGUUGGAACAGUGACAUAUACAUAUCCAAUCUUUACCCUGUUGUCAAACGUCUGCUUAAAUGGGGAAGUCAGAUGCUCGUGGAUGAUAAAAAGAAUUUAGCAAACCAUUGAAUGAUCUGAAAACAGCGAAACAUUAGAUUGGAAUAACAACGUCCGGACUAUUAAUACUUUAUUGAGCAGCUGUUAUAUAUAACAGUGUAAUGAAAUAGAAUUAAUGUAAGACAACUGAAUUUCAUUUUCCUACUAUCAUAUGCAUAUAACGGAAGUAGUUUUUAGCCAUACUUUUCAUGACAUUACUGCAUGUGUAUCAUAUGUGUAAUGGAUUUUUUAAAAUUAUCAUGUUCAUGCUUUUCAUGUAUUAUAUCUUUUUUAUACCUUUUUUAAAUGUAAUCUAUAUGUUAUAUUUGAGAAUUUUGUUAUAUUAAGUUAACGGUACAUCGCAAGUUGAAUCACACAUACUCGGAAAAUCGUUAUAGCUCAUAUAAACACUCGAUAUUGACGCUAUAUUCAAAUGAGCCGCGUCACGACCAAACCAACAUAAUGGGUUUGCGACCAGCAUUGAUCCAGACCAGCCUGCCCAUCCGCUCAGUCUGAUCAGGAUCCAUGCUGUUCGCUUACAAACCCUAUAACAAGUAGAGAAACUGAUACCGAACAGCAUGGAUCCUGGUCAGACUGUGCGGAUGCGCAGGCUGGUCUGAAUUCAUGCUGGUCGCAAACAAACUAUGUUGAUUUUGCCGUGACGCGGCUCAUUUUAAUAUAUUUUUUCUUUUGAAAUCUUUGAUAUUUACACUCAAUUAAAAUAUUAUUUCGCUCGACAAUUUUCAAAUUGGGGCUAUUUUCAAAUAUCUUUUCUGUCUAUAUCUUUUUUAUAAACGAUCGUUUUAAAUAUCAUUUCUAUCGAUAUUAUUUAUAUUGCUUUUUUAUUCAAAUAUCGCCAGAGGCUCGCAAAAUAUGAUUUUAUUAAACUCGUUAAAACUACACUCAUUCAAUUUUCUUUCAUACUGUCGAUAUGAUAUGUUCAUUUUUUUUUCUUUUGAUACCUUUAUACAAUCAUUGAAUUUAGAUAUAAUUUCUCUCCAUAUUAUUCAUAUUGGCGCAACUUUCAAAUAUCUUCUCAUUCGAUAUAUUAACAAUCAAUUUAAAUAUCAUUUCUUUAUUUUUUUUAUACUGGCGAUGUAUUUAAAAAUAUUUUCUUUUGAUAUCUUUUAUACAAUCAUUCAAUUCAAAUACCAUUCGGGCGGAAACGUCAACAUGACAUUUAAUAUAGCGUUACAUAUAUUAAUUAUUUGGAACAAAAUAAUCCUGUAAGUUUAAGAACACUCUUACAAAUUACAGAGUUAUAUAUGAAUAUCAAAAAUUAUUAAAUGUAUAAAGUUAAUAUGGGCAUUCAUUUUAUGAAUUAUAAGAUGCAUGUAUGCAAGACAAAUCUCAUAGAUAUACAUUCUUAAAGAUCCUGCUAGUCAUUUGUUUAUGGUUCAUAUCAUACAUAUGACACUUAAAUGAAGAUUUUUCAAUAUUGUAAGUUCCAAAAAGCGUUAUUUGUAAAGAUGUCACCGAAUUGACAUUUC